AUGGAUAAUCAGCAUAUUAUUCCUGAAUGCAAGUGCCACAAGCCACACAAGGUGGCACAAUACAAGAAGUCGAAGAAGCGUAAAGGUGCUCAGGGCAGACGUCGUUACGACAGAAAACAACAAGGUUUCGGUGGUCAAACCAAGCCUAUCUUCAGAAAGAAGGCUAAGACCACCAAAAAGAUUGUGUUGCGUAUGGAGUGCACCGAAUGCAAGUACCGCAAGCAGACACCACUGAAGCGUUGCAAACAUUUCGAGUUGGGAGGUGACAAAAAGAGGAAGGGACAGAUGAUUCAGUUCUAAAUCACUCGCCACCUA